GGAUUGGCCGGCAGAGAAGGGAGGCGCUGAUUGGCUGGUUCGAAGGCGCAGCGGCGGCGGCGGCGACUGCUUGAAAGGAUGGCGGCGGCGGCUGCGCGGAUCUUGCGCGCCCUGGAGCGCUGGGGUUUGCGCGACGUCAGCCAGGCCUGGGUUGACACGGCUUGGGAGUUGGAUUUCACGGAGACAGAACCUCUGGAUUCUCGCGUCGAGAACGGGAUCACCGAAGACGGCCUGGAUGCCUUCUCUCAGCUCUACGCAGCUCUCUACCCUUUUGCUGCCAACGACCAUGAGACCACUGAAAGCGUCUGGCCCCUGUUUGCAGAGAACAAUAUUUCCCACAACGCUGUUGUCGCUGUGUUGUAUCACUUUGUUCAAGAGGCCCAGAAUAAAAAGGCCGGUCUUCAUCAGCGGCUGUACGGGCUUCACGCUGCUGGCUUGUACUUUUUACUGGUUGAGAUUCCAGGCAGCAUAGCCAAUCGGGUGUUCCACCCCGUCAUGUUUGGAAAAUGCCUCCAGACCCUCUCUAAAUGCUGGUCCCAGGAGUCCAUUCUGCCCAGAAAAAGGAAGAAAGACCACAGCAAGAACCCUUCAAGUCACAAGAAGAGGGGCAAGUUGUCAAGGAAAGAAAAUAACCCGGUCAAGGAGAAUUUUGAAGAGGAAGAAGAUCAGGAAGAAGAGGUCUACUUUUCCGCACAGGAGUGGCUUCAGAUUCGGGAAGCCCUCUUUCUCCUCCUCAAAAACCUCUUGAGGCUUCUUUCCAAGUUUUCCUUGAAAGAACGGCCACAGUGUGCGGAGACGUGCAUUCAGAUCUUUGUUAAUUUGACACAGUUUGAGCCCUGCGCUCUUGAGUUUGAACCCUCAAAGAAGAGGGCAGUAGAUCAAGCCAAGUACAUCCCCGAACUUGCCUACGCUGCUCUCCGCCUGUUGUGUUCCCCACUUCACAAUCUAGAAGACAAGAUUCUGCGCCGCGUCUUCCACAGAUUUCUCAAUAUCAUCCUCAUGGUGGCCGGGACAGAGGCCUCCGGCGGCGCAUCAGCCAGUAUUCCGUCUCAGGCCAUCGCUGCUCGGAACCACGCCAUCGGAUUCAUCAGCUCUCUAACUGAGGAACUGAAAGAGGCUGCCUUUCCCAUCUUACGGAUUUUAUUGCAACACAUCUGUGCCAAGGUCCCUGAUAAAACAGAGUAUCGCUCGUUGGCAGCACAAGGUUUGGUGCAGCUGCUGUACAGGCUCCCGUGUGCGAACCACGCCGACUUCAUCGCCUGGCUGUACAGCUUCUCGCUCCAUAGCAAGAUCUCCUACCGAGUGUUUGCCCUCGAUGUCGCCUUAGCCCUUCUGAACCUUCCAGAACGGGAUCCCGAGGUUGAUUUGUCGGAAGAACAGCAGAUGUUCCUGAAGCACAAAUUCCUGGUGCAGGUCAUGAUUUUCAGCCGGUGUUCGGACAAAGUGCCGACGGUCCGCAGCAAAGCCCUUUUGAGCUUCGCUCAGUGCCUGGAAACCAAAGCCAUGUCUAACCUGGAGAACAUUCAGGAGCUCUUGCAGGGCACUGCCUUUUCUUCAGUAGUGGACUCAAACACCCCAUCUGGGACCUUCCUAACUACCACAGAAGGUUUCACCAGCCACCGUCAGAAGACUUUCCCAACGUUCAAAACCAUCGAAGUAACCGAACGAGACUCGUCAGAGUUUGACGGCAAAGAGAUCAUGGUUAUGCUCAGGCUGAGAGCUGGGGAUGAGAAGACAAAUGUUAGAAAGUCUGCCCUCCAGGUGCUGAUGAGUGUCUUGAAACAUCACGUGAUUCCAUGCACCCCAGAAGACUUGGCCACCUUCCAGGAUCGGUGUCGCGAUCCUGCCGUCUCUGUAAGGAAGCAAGCCCUGCAGUCUCUCUCAGACCUCUUAACGUCUCAGCCGGACGACGUUCUCAUACAGAAAGCCUGGCUAAAGGGAGUCGUCCCGGUCAUCAUGGACUGUGAGAGCACCGUGCAGGAGAAGGCCUUGGACUGUGUUGACCGUCUCCUGCUGCAGCCGAUUCAGCCCUCGAACCGAUUCAGCUCUCGGGACGAAAGCCAAGUGCUGGCCUGGGACAUGCUGACUUUGCUUGCCACAGAAAGCCUUGAACUAAGCCGCUACUUCAACAAAGCUUUCCACCUGUGGUCCAAGCAGGACCGAUUCUCCUCCGCUUUCGUCAGCAGCGUGGUUUCCCACACAGGAACAGAGCGUGCUGUGCCGGCGUGGAUGCUGCUGGCCAAAGUGGCCGGAUCCUCACCCAAACUAGAUUAUUCCAAAAUAAUUGAUGCUUGGGACCAUCUGGACAGACAGCUGGGAGCCACCUCAGAGAUCACGGGACACAUUCUGGGUGUGAUCAGGAGCAUUGCGAAGCACUUGCCCAGCGCUGUCCAAAGCAGGUUGACUGAGGAUAUCAAACACUGGCUGCAGGAUUUCCAGUGUCCCCUAGAGAUGAUCAGUCCAGCUGUUGAGACUCUCCAGAAAAUUUGCCAUGCUUCUACAGAGGGCCCAAAGGAGGCUCAGGAGCAGCUGAACCAGGUGUUUGGAGACCUGGUGUCCACGUGCGAAGGUUGCAUCUCCCGAAUCGUCCUCCAAGAGGAUGGAACGGAACAUCUGCAAGAGGAUCUCUUGGUGCGGCAUCUUUUCACCUUGGGGGAAGCGGCCCAGCUCUGCCCAGCCAGAGUGGAGAAACGGGUUUUCCUGCUCAUACAGUCCAUCUUGGCGAGUCCCGACAUUCUGGACCAACUGUCCUGUUCCGAGGACCAGGAGGACCUUCCACCAUCGCAACCCCUGUCUCAGUUCAGAGGUUCUGGGAUGCCUUCCGCGGUCAGAGCCCACGCUUUCGUCACCUUAGGCAAGCUGUGCCUGCAGCACGAGGACCUGGCCAAGCGGAGCAUUGCCGCCCUGGCGCGAGAGCUGGAGGUCUCCAAGGACAUGGCCAUCCGCAACAACGUGGUCAUUGUGAUGUGUGACCUCUGCAUCCGCUACACCACCAUGGCCGACAGGUACAUCCCGGACAUCUCCGUAUGCCUGAAGGAUCCGGAGCCUUUCAUCCGCAGGCAGACGCUCAUCCUCCUCACCAACCUCUUGCAGGAAGAGUUUGUGAAAUGGAAAGGAUCCCUUUUCUUUAGAUUCAUCAGCGUCUUGGUGGAUCCGGAUCCAGAUCUCGCCAGCUUGGCCAAAUUCUGCCUGGCCCACCUUCUGCUCAAGAGGAAUCCCGCAAUGUUCUCCCAGCACUUCAUCGAGUGCAUCUUCCACUUCAACAGCUACGAGCGACACGAGAAAUACAACCGAUUCCCCCAGAGCGAGCGGGAGAAGAGCCGGUUUUCGCUGAAGGGCCAAGUGAACAAAGGAAAGCGGAUGCAGAUCUACACGUUCCUGCUGGAGCAUUUUACCGACGAGCAGCGAUUCAACAUCACCUCGAAAAUCAGCCUGAGCGUCUUAGCCUGCUUCGUGGACGGGGUCCUCCCUCUCGACCCAGAGGCCAGCGAGCUGCUGUCGGACACCUUUGGGAUCCUGAGCUGCAAGGAGAUCAAACUCUCGGCGAUGAGGUCGAGACCUGAGGAAGACCUCCAGCCCGAGGAGGAUGAAUUGGCCAUGGCCAAUGCUGUCAUGCAGGUGGCUCAAAAGAAACUCAUCUCCCAGGUUCAGAAGAAGCAUUUUGUGGAGAACGUGAUUCCGAUCAUCACUUCUCUGAAGGCCUUGUUGGAGCAGAGCCGGCUUCCUGCGUUGAGAGACCUCAUGAACUACCUCCGGGAAGUGAUGCAAGAUUACAGGAACGAAGUCAAAGAGCUUUUUGCCGCGGACAAGCAGCUGGCGGCGGAGCUGGAGUACGACCUGAAGAAGUACGAGGAGCAGUUGCAGAGGGAGUCUGAGCAAGGCCAGGAGGAAGCCUCUUCCGUGACGGAAGCCCCGGACGCUCAGGCUGGCAGACAGCCUCCUCCAGACUCUGAGAAGGGCACUCUUCUUCCCAGUGAUCAAAAUGGGAUAGGCGCCAGAGGCUCCUUGGCUUUGGGAUCUCCUCCUCGUUCGGCGUCCUUUGGGUUCAUGACGCCCAGACCAGCUCUGCAUAAACCCAGGCACAGGAAGUUGUCCUUGAGCACCUUUGCCAUCCUCAAUUCGGCGAAACAGGCUGUGGAGGCGGCCAACAGGCAGCGCAGCAAGAGCAUGGGGCAGAGACCUGCCUCUCCAGAGAGCAGCAAAGCCUCCUUCUGCAGCCUCAACCAGCGGUCGUCCGAAUCCAGCAUUCCCCUGGAUGUCCGAGCCAUCAGCACCCCGGAGAAGUCCAUUAACAACAUGACCUUUGGGGCCGGAGUCAGCUAUAUCAGCCUGACACGCACGCCGGCUUCAGCAAAAGAAAAACAAGGAGAGCAAGAUGCACAGAGACAGAUUGUCUGCUUACAGUCCCCUGAUAAGCCAUCAGCACCACCACCACAGUGGAAAGUAAAAUCUCCCGGAAGGGGAAGCCGGGGCCCCUCAAGUGUGGGUCUGAAAAGGUCCACCCGCAAGAUGCCCUUGAAAACAGCCCACUGAUGACUCAAACCUACUAAAGCCAUAAUUUGUACAUAAGCGUAAUCAUGGCCAUUUUCUUCUUUCUCACAGAAUCUCUCUGGAGAUCAGAAUAUAAUCCUUCUCUUGUAGAUACCUUCUUCCUGGUAUCACGAUUUUAUAUAUUUUUUUAAUUGACCUAAACAUGUCCUGUGGAAUUGCUUGAGAGUAGUAAUGCCUCCUCAUCCUGGUUGAGACAACAUCUGCCCAUUAACCGGAAGACUAUCACUUCCUUUAUUCUAGUGUCCAUCUGAAAUAAUUGGAAGAAAAUGCCUUCCAGUCCAGGUAACCAGCACUGCAGAUCCAUAAGUUCCCUUUGCCGUUGAACCAAUAUGGGCUAACAGACUCUGCCUCUUCCCUUACGUUGCUAAAAUCAGAGCGGUUAGCCCAGUUUUCAUCAUUGAGGUGAUGCUACUGAGCAAUCAUAUAUGAAAGGCAGUGCACCAGACCUGUGUUGGCAAAGCCAUGGAAAUGCUUCUCGUUAAAAACGAGAGCACCUUAGUCCAAAGGGUUGUGAUCACGGCCUUUUGGUUAAUAUACAGCCUUCUUUAGAUACGGGCCCACAUUUUUCGCCGUAGAAAAACGUUAGAUGCAUCUUCAGUUCUAGUUUUCACAAACAGGGCUUUGAAAAAUCAUGCCGUACACGCUUGCCUCAGAAGGAAGGCCAUGUGCUUCAGUCAAACCAUAGUAUGUUUCUCCAUGCAAGGCUGUCCUGUCCUUGGCGACAAUUUCCUAGUUUCAGAACAUGUUUAUUCCAGCUGCUACACAAUUAUGUACACAAUAAAUGCUCUUAACAGAC